GUGGGAUUUAAAAUUUGAAUUAUUGUGCCUGAAAUAAAUUAAUUAGGAAAUAUCAAAGGAAAAUAAUCAGCUUGGUUUUUGCCCCACACAAUGCACCGCAGCAACUCUUCUCCCCAUCUUAUCUUAUCUUUUCUAGAGAAACCCUAAUUCACAUCUGCCUUUCUUACCUACUUAACCCAAUAAAAUGGUAGAAUUCUGAAGGGAAAGAAAAACUUUACCUUAAACAGAAAAAAAGAAUCCUUCCUUCAACUCUAAAAUAUUUACUUUUUCCAUAUCUCCAAGGAAGCCCCAAUUAAAAUUUCACAGUUUUUUUUUUUGCGGGGCUUUGGGGCUGUAAACUAUUUUACUGAACUGCUAUUCGUGAUGAUGGAAAAUUCAAGUUUCCCAGAAAGUAAUACAGUCGGCGACAACGUCAGCUUAGAGAAUGAAGAGGAAGCUAAGGUGAAAAAUGAAGAGAGUGAAGGGAAUUUUUCAGGGAACCGUUGGCCAAGGCAGGAGACUUUAGCUUUGUUAAAGAUAAGGUCUGAAAUGGACGUUGCUUUUAGAGACUCUGGUGUCAAGGCUCCUCUCUGGGAAGAAGUUUCCAGGAAAUUGGCUGAGCUCGGGUAUAAUAGAGGUGCCAAAAAAUGUAAAGAGAAAUUUGAGAAUGUUUACAAAUACCAUAGGAGAACCAAAGAAGGUCGGUCUGGAAAAUCAAACGGCAAGAGUUAUAGGUUUUUUGAGCAAUUAGAAGCAUUGGAUCAUCAUCCUUCCUUGGUUCCACCUGCCAGUGGAGAUAUUAACACUUCAGUAGAGCCUUUGAAUGUUAUCCAUGAUGCUAUUCCAUUUUCUGUCCGAAACCCAGCUUCGAAUUUCAAUGAAACUUCUACCUCAACGACUUCUUCGUCUAGUAAGGAAUCGGAUGGGACAAGAAAGAAAAAGAGGAAACUGACAGACUUUUUCGAGAGAUUGAUGAGGGAAAUGAUGGAGAAGCAAGAGAAUUUGCAGAAGAAGUUUAUAGAGGCAAUAGAGAAGUCUGAGCUAGAUAGGAUGGCUAGAGAGGAAGCAUGGAAGGUACAAGAAUUGGCUCGACUUAAGAGGGAACGCGAGCUAUUGGUGCAAGAGAGAUCGAUUGCAGCUGCUAAAGAUGCUGCUGUGCUGGCAUUUCUACAGAAGUUUUCGGAUCAAACGACCUCAGUGCAAUUGCCUGAUAUCUCAUUCCCGGUUGAGAAAGUUGUUGAUAGGCAAGAAAAUAGCAAUGGUAGUGAGAGUUAUAUGCACCUAAGUACCUCUCGUUGGCCUAAAGAUGAAGUGGAGGCUUUGAUAAGACUGAGGACUAAUCUUGAUAUGCAGUAUCAAGACGCUGGACCUAAAGGCCCUCUGUGGGAGGAGAUAUCAACAGCCAUGAAAAAGCUUGGCUAUGAUCGAAGCGCUAAGAGGUGUAAAGAGAAAUGGGAGAAUAUGAAUAAGUACUUCAAAAGAGUGAAAGAAAGCAAUAAGAAGCGGCCUGAGGAUUCCAAGACGUGUCCUUACUUUCACCAGCUAGAUGCUCUAUACAAAGAAAAAACUAAAAGGAUUGAUGGCUCUGGUUAUGAGUUAAAGCCUGAAGAACUUUUGAUGCACAUGAUGGGUGCCCAAGAAGAACGGCUGCAUCAAGAAUCAGCAACAGAGGAUGUUGAAAGCGAGAAUGUUAAUCAAAAUCGGGAAGAAAACAGAAACGCUGAAGGAGAUGCCUAUCAAAUUGUAGCUAAUGACCCUUCUCCAAUGCCAAUUAUUGGUUGAUUAAGACAAAUAGUGACUUACUUUUGUCUGUCUAAAUUUUGUUUAAGUGGGUCAGAGUCAAUAGUGUAGUGUCUGUACAAUAGUUGCGUGGAAAGCAGAUUUGAGUUAUGAAAAGUUCCUUUUGAUACAACAUGGAGAUGGAGGCAACCGAGUAAAUGGUUCCUUUCCUUAAAUGUAUAUGUUCUUCAUCAUUUGUUCUGAAUAAGCAUGUGAGGCAAAGUGAAGAGUGGAAUAAGACGAGUUUGUGUAUUUCAAGUAAA